UAAAACUAAUCCUGGUGUGCGUUCAAAAUAACACUGCGCCUUUAAGGGAGCUUUGCAUUCCAACAAGUGGAGAGUGAGCGCGAGCGUUUGCGUUGGCCAACACUUCCACUGAUUGUUGACAAUGCGCCCUGCGCGCGUGCAGUACUACGCUGCUUAGAGGAGUGAGGUGAACUCUCCCUUUCAGAGCAGCCGCACAGGUGCAUUCGGGAGGCAGGGAUCGGAGACGCUUUUUCUUUUCUAAAACAACAACAACAACAACAACAACAACUAAUUGCCGGACCAGUUGCGUAAAACGGAGCGACAUUGCGAGCCGCGGAAGCAGGUGCGCUGCACGCACUCUUUAUUUGACGGAGCCCUUAAGUCAUGCGCGCUUCUUGAUGAAAAGUUAAUUCACGCUUACUAAAACACAGACAACGGGAGAAGUGAACCGGAUAGAGCGCGCGCUUCGCUGCUCAUUAAUUACUCGUUGCACGUUCGCACGGGGAAUAAGCAAUCAUAAUGUCGAGGAAAAAAGCGGUCAACGGAAAGGGGGGUACACCGAGCUCAUCUCCGAACAGCGAUAAAGAGAAGGGUAAGAAAGUCCCGACCCAUUCCAACGGAGUGGUGCAUCCCAGCAGACCCUCUCUCAGCAGCAGCGGGGAAUUCUACGACAUCGCCUUCAAGGUAAUGCUGGUUGGUGACUCUGGGGUGGGGAAGACCUGUCUGCUGGUUCGCUUUAAAGAUGGAGCGUUUCUGGCUGGGAGCUUCAUCUCAACAGUCGGUAUAGACUUCAGGAAUAAGGUGCUGAGCAUUGAUGGUGUGAGAGUUAAACUACAGGUGAGCAUGCGACUUUUUUAA